AUGUACGGUAGGCCUCUGCGAAGAUCCCUGGAUCUUCUGCGAGUAUCUCCACAACAGGUUCAAGACACUGAAGAUCAAGCUGAAUCCAACCUACCGAGGGCAUUCGAACCGAAGGCAGUUGUGUACACCAAAGUCUAUGCACACAACAAGUGGGCUUGGGAGCCUGGCACUGUGAUGGAGAAAGUCUGCAAGGUCAUGUACAACAUCUGGUUAAACAGUAAGAUAAUGAUUCGAUCCCACAUUAACCAGCUUUGGGCCCGAACCCCGUCAGGACCAGACAUCGAGCAGACGAAUAAGCCAUCGGAGCAGUUACCAAUCAACAUUCUGCUAAACGAGUGGAAGCUACCACACCCUUCUUCACCUGUGUUGGCACCUACGUCGCAACCACCUGAAUCAACAGUAGGUCAGCCCGUAACCUCCACAGCAUCCACGAGCCAAAGCUCAACAUCGUCUUCAACAACGGAAUCUGUAAUCAACUCAUCUCCUGUGGUCCAGCUACCUAGACGCUCUUCUCGCAACCGAAGAUCGCCCCAAUGGUUCCAGGCGUAUCGCAGGUGUUAA